CACGACAGCAGUGCCUGGGGAAGCUGGUCCUGCCAUUUGGCCAGUAUCUCAAUGCCCCGUUUCACUGGCUUGUGGCAAACGAUGUGGGCUACAUGAAAUAUUGAUGCAUGUAAUUGCAGUUUGGUUGACAAGCACAGAGAAGAACUCUCUAACAAACCUGGAAAGGGGAAGAUCCAACAUCACUGGAUAAAAGACUACCUGGCAGAGUACGCAGAGAGCUUUCCACAAGUCUCAAUUGUCCUGGAGGCCAAUGUCCACCAAUGCAUUUAUGGACAGAAAGGGUUCGAGUACCAUACCUUUCAGGAGAUGUGGGAGCUCUACAACCAGUAUUCUGCCCAGAAGGACACGCCAGAGGAUUUUAGUAUGAUCCAAAAAGCGUACAGCUCUGUAAGCCAGUGGCUACACACGCCUGUGACCCAUAUUGCCAGCGUGCAGAUGAAAAGGUUUAGGAAGUACAUUUACGACAAGAAAGAUCAAAUGUCAAGGUCUUCCAUCAGUGAUCCCUCGUGGCUGGAUGACACUCACUUAUUAGAAGUGAUCAAAACAGAGUCCACAGCUUCCACAACAUCAUCCACAGUCACCUGCACGCCAGCGUCUUCAUCCAUGGCCAUCUACACGCCAGCAUCUUCAUCCACGACCAUUUACACCCCAGCAUCUUCAUCCACAGCCAUCUGCACGCCAACAUGCUCAUCCACGGCCAUCUACACCCCAGCAUCUUCAUCCACAGCCAUCUGCACGCCAGCAUCUUCAUCCACAACCAUUUACACCCCAACAUCUUCAUCCACAGCCAUCUGCACGCCAACAUCCUCAUCCAUGACCAUCUACACCCCAGUGUCUCCAUCCACAGCCAUCUACACGCCAGCGUCUUCAUCCAUGGCCAUCUACACGCCAGCGUCUUCAUCCAUGGCCAUCUACACGCCAGCAUCUUCAUCCACGGCCAUCUACACCCCAGUGUCUCCAUCCACAGCCAUCUGCACACCAACAUCCUCAUCCACGCAUCUUCAUCCACGGCCAUCUGCACACCAACAUCCUCAUCCAUGA